AUGGGUACAACUGGGUUUGCCUUUGCAGAGAUCCCUGUAGCCGAACCCGGCUUUCAUCAGAUCCAAGCCCAACCUGGCUACCAGGUCAGCUUCGGCGGCUACGUAUUUGGUCAAGGGGACGUCACUGCAUAUGCGGCACCCCUGGCAAUGGAAGGAAACAAGGUUGUUGAGCAUAUGUUUUGGUCAGAGCCAUCAAAUGUGGAAAUUCAUAACGAUAAUUUGGCAAGAACUG